AUAUUUAUAAAAAAAAAGAAAAAAAAAAGAAAAAAAGAAAAAAAGAAAAAGGAAAAGAGAGAAAAUCCAGGUAUUGGUUGAUCUUUAAGGCGGCCUUUGACUCGAUACAAGAGAAAGCUUUGUUCUCCCUUACGCAUUCAUCUUCUUCAACCAUUCAGGUUUCAAAUCCAAUACACACAUUUCUAAUUCUCUCUUGUUCCUCCUAUAUUAUAUCAUUCAAAACUUCUAAUGGCCAAUUUGAAUGUUUCUCUCCUUUUUCUCUUCUCAAUUUCUCUGAAUUUGCAUCUCUCUUCUGCAGCAAUGUCCUCCCAAUCCUCUUCCAUUCCCCUCGUAUCCAACUUCGAUUCACCGGCUGUGCAUAUCGUUUACACCGAGAGGCCCCACAACGAAGCACCUGAGGCCUAUCAUAUCCGAACCCUAGUUUCUGUUCUUGGCAGUGAAGAAGCUGCUAGGGAGGCUCUUGUGUAUAGUUAUAAGAAUGCUGCUAGUGGAUUCUCUGCUCGCCUAACGCCCGAUCAGGUUAAGGAGAUUACCAAACAACCUGGAGUUUUACAUGUUGUCCAAAGCGGUAGCAAUAAGCUGCAUUCUGGAGGAGGUGGAGUAGCAAGGCUUCACUAGAACAACACGUCGGGUUCUCUCUCCAAAUAUAUAUAUAUAUAUAUAUAUAUAUAUAUGUAUGUAUCGGUUUGUUGCCUAAAUAAAGUAUGGUUACUGUAUAUUGGCAUCUUACUAAAUUACUCAAUUUUACAUUUGUGUUUCUAAACACUUCUGCUUCUGCCUUUUUGCAACUGACAAUUAAGCCAAUGAUUUGCCUUUGCUUGAUGAUCAAUAUUUAGUCCAAAAUUCCAUCCUUCAUGUAUGGAAGUACUUCUA